GUUAUCCACCGCCUCCUCCUGUCUUCCCACGGGGAACAUGGCCGUGUUGAAGAUACAAGAGCAGCCGUCGUUGCUGAGAGCUAUCUUCAACGUGGACCCAGAUGAAGUUCGCUCCCUCAUAUUCAAGAAAGAGGAUGUCAACAUUCAGGACAAUGAGAAGCGGACGCCUCUGCACGCUGCAUCCUACCUGGGAGACGCUGAGAUCAUUGAGCUGCUCAUCCUGUCAGGAGCCAGAGUCAACGCCAAAGAUAACAAGUGGUUGACUCCUCUUCACAGAGCUGUCGCCUCUUGUAGCGAGGAUGCAGUGACAGUGUUGCUGAAGCACAGUGCGGACGUCAACGCUCGGGACAAGAACUGGCAGACGCCACUCCACGUAGCAGCUAGCAACAAGGCAGUGCGCUGUGCCGAGGCUUUGGUCCCUCUGCUAAGCAAUGUGAACGUGUCAGACCGGGCGGGACGUACUGCCCUGCAUCACGCUGCCUUCAGUGGACAUGUAGAGAUGGUGAAGCUUCUGCUGUCGAGAGGAGCCAACAUUAAUGCUUUUGACAAGAAGGACAGGAGAGCCAUCCACUGGGCAGCUUACAUGGGUCACCUGGAGGUGGUGAAGUUAUUGGUGGCCAGUGGCGCUGAGGUUGACUGUAAGGACAAGAAGGCCUACACGCCUCUGCACGCCGCUGCCUCCAGUGGCAUGAGCAGCACAGUGCACUACCUGCUGGGCCUGGGAGUCCAUGUAAAUGAGGUGAAUGCCUACGGCAACACGCCACUCCAUUUGGCCUGUUACAAUGGACAGGAUGUGGUGGUCAGCGAGCUCAUCGAGACAGGGGCCAAUGUCAACCAGGUGAACGAGAGGGGCUUCUCUGCUCUCCACUUUGCCUCCUCCUCACGUCAGGGGGCGCUGUGCCAGGAGAUGCUGUUAGCCCACGGAGCUCACAUCAACAUGCGGAGUAAGGAUGGAAAGACUCCUCUCCACAUGGCAGCUACACAUGGAAGGUUCUCCUGUUCCCAGGCCCUCAUUCAAAAUGGAGCUGAGAUUGAUUGCGAGGACAAAAGCAGGAACACUGCCCUUCACAUUGCUGCCCGCUACGGCCAUGAGCUCAUCAUCACCGCUCUCGUCAAGCACGGAGCCAGCACAGCCAAUAGAGGCAUUCAUGGGAUGUUCCCUCUACACCUGGCAGCUCUUAGUGGCUUCUCAGAUUGCUGCAGGAAGUUGCUGUCCUCAGGGUUUGACAUAGACACCCCUGAUGACUUUGGAAGGACCUGUCUUCAUGCUGCUGCGGCUGGAGGAUUGAUAUGUGAAGGAAACAUCCCUGCUAAAGAUGUUUCUUCAUCCAGGAACCUGGAGUGUGUGAACCUGCUGUUAAACAUCGGAGCUGACUUUAACCGGAAAGACAACUUUGGAAGGACUCCAUUACACUAUGCAUCCGCCAACUGCAACUACCAGUGUGUGUUCGCCUUGGUGGGCUCUGGGGCAGGCAUCAAUGAGCUGGACCAGAGAGGCUGUUGCCCCCUGCACUACGCUGCUGCUGCUGACACUGAUGGAAAGUGUGUGGAGUACCUGUUGAGGAAUGAUGCCGAUCCAGCAGUGAGAGACACACAGGGUUUCAGCGCUGUGCAUUAUGCCUCAGCGUACGGUCGCACACUCUGUCUGGAACUGAUGGCAAGUGAGACGCCUCUUGAUGUGUUAAUGGAGACGUCAGGAACCGAGAUUCUCAGUGACUUGGAGAGCCAGGCCCCGGUCAGUCCACUGCAUCUGGCGGCUUACCAUGGACACUGUGGAGCCCUAGAGGUCCUCCUGUCCUCCCUGCUGGACGUGGAUGUUCGCAGCCCAGAGGGACGCACCCCCCUCAGCCUGGCCUGCUCCAGCGGUCAUCAGGAGUGUGUCUCACUGCUGCUGCAUCACGGAGCCUCGCCCAUGACCCAUGACUACACACACAAAAAGACAGCCAUACAUGCUGCAGCUAUGAAUGGCCACCCCGAGUGCCUGCGCCUGCUCAUGAGCAACAAUGACCAACGCAUUAAUGUGGACUUACGAGACACCAACGGACAAACUCCUCUGAUGUUGGCUGUGCUGAAUGGACACACAGAGUGUGUGUUCUCUCUGCUUAGUCAAGGGGCCAGUGUGGCGAAUCAGGACCGCUGGGGGAGGACGGCACUACACAGAGGGGCAGUGACGGGUCAGGAGGAGUGUGUGGAGGCUCUCCUCCAGCGGGGGGCCAGUGUUUGUGUGAAGGACGUCCGGGGCCGUUCACCUCUUCACCUGGCAUCUGCGUGCGGCCGUGUCGGUGCCCUGGGUGCCCUGCUGCAGGCCACCACCCCCCCACACACUGACACACACCUCACUGACAACCGGGGCUACACACCACUGCACUGGGCCUGUUAUAACGGAUAUGAUGCGUGUGUGGAGGUGUUGUUGGACCAGGAGGUGUUCAGGAAGAUUAAGAGCAACUCAUUCAGUCCACUACACUGUGCCGUGAUGAGCGACAAUGACGGAGUGGCUGAGAUGUUAAUCGACUGCCUGGGCGCAGCUAUCGUCAACACCACUGACGCUAAGGGCAGGACCCCUCUUCACGCUGCAGCUUUUUCCGACCACGUGGAGUGUGUUUCUCUUCUUCUGAGCCACGGUGCUCAGGCCAACGUAGUGGACACAAACACGUGCACCACACCGCUUAUGAUGGCAGCUCUGAAUGGACAGACCAAUGCUGUGGAGAUGUUGGUGAGCUGCGCUAAAGCAGACAUGGCUCUACAGGAUACAAACCGAAACACAGCAUUACACCUGGCCUGCAGCAAGGGUCAUGAGACGAGUGCCUUGUUGAUUAUGGAGAAAAUCAGGGACAGGAACCUCAUCAACUGCACCAAUGCUGCUCUCCAGACGCCGCUGCAUGUAGCAGCCAAGAAGGGUUUGACGGUGGUGGUCCAGGAGCUGCUGGGAAAAGGAGCCAGUGUGUUGGCGGUGGACGAGAACGGUUACACUCCAGCUUUGGCCUGCGCUCCCAACCGUGAUGUGGCCGACUGCCUGGCCCUCAUCCUCAACUCCAUGAUGCCCACCCCCGUUGUCACCAAGGCAGAUUUACCUGCUCUUUCUCAAACGGUCGUCAACCACCACCCCACCUCCAACCAUAUCUCCAAAGGCGUGGCCUUCGAUGCCCUGCCCCCUCUGAGGCCCGACCACGCCUCCUGCUGCAGGCCAGAGCGCCCGCUGUCCACUGUAUCUGCAGACGAAGAAAUGAAUGACUCAGACUCAGAGACAUACUGAGGACUGUUGGACAGAGCCCCAGAGUUCUGACAGGCCAAGCAGCCACUCAGGAGCCUUAAUAGUUCACUGACAAGGGACAGAGAGGUAGAUAAAGGCAGAUUGUAUUUUUAGGUAAACCUCUUCAAUAAUAAUAAUAAUUUCUGUGUAUCAGAGGUUUGUUUUCAAGGUGGAAAUAAUGUACUAAAAUAUAGAACAAGGUAAAACCACAAUGCAUUUCUCUCAGACAGGAUCAAUGCAUGGUCAGUAACAAGGCCAGUGUCUUUUUAAAAUUUAAAGCAAUGUCAUUUUCCUUUUUAAAUGCUGAUACUUCCUCGAAUAGUUUUAAGCCUUUUCACAGUUUUUCCUCGUACAAUCAGCAGAGGAGCGAGGACCCAUGUUUCUGGCACGAUUGUCUAAAGAAAAACAAAACAAACGGACAAUCUUAUGGGACCAGGAGAUCGAUGAACUGUUUUCUCUCUUGCAUUUGAGUUUUAAUUCUUCUCCGAGCUGUUGCGGCAGCAGCCGAAGACUCUUCCUACCGCACAUUGCUGCGUCACUGAUGUCGAACCACUUCUUGAUUCCGGGGAAAGGAAGUCGCCAUUGAAUCCUAUAAAAAAUAUGAAUAUAAUCCUCAAGGAGGUGAUUCUGACAGCAGGUGGAUGUAAGACCCGUUCACUGUAUGAUUGGUUCAGGAUUGAUGGUGCAAAUGAGCGACCCAAGGAACUUUUAACCUGCUAUGCUGUAAACUACUUAAUGUCUGUGUACUGUACUGGAGACAGGAGAAAGUGGCUGACACUGUGCAUAAUGUGUGUAUAAGAGAUUGUGUGUGAGUGUGUGUGUGUGUGUUUGAGACAGAAAUGAAUAAAAACUGCCAAGAAACUUUCAGGCAGAGGAUGAACACUAUCUGGUGCAAUGUUUAUAAAGAUGA